AUGCCUCUCCACCUUCUUGGCAAGAAAUCAUGGAACGUCUACAACCCCGCCAACAUUGCCCGCGUGCGGCGCGACGAGGAAGCCGCUCGGGCCCGUGAAGAAGCCGAGGAGCAGCGCAUGCAAGAGGCCGAUGCCGCGCGCCGUCUAGCAAUACUGCGCGGCGAGAUUCCGCCUCCGCUCGACUCGACCGAACCCGAAGCCGCCCUCCCACCGUCGCGCAGCCGUGAUUGGGAUAACGCAUCCAGCCACACCGGCACCAGCCGCAAGCGCAAACGGCACGGCGAAGACGACACCGACUUUGAGAUGCGCAUUGCCCGCGAACGCGCCUCGGUCGGCGGCCGUGCAGCCCGCGAGCUGGCGGCGCCCACGCCAUUGCCGUCCACAUCCCUCACUUCGCUUGUCGACAGCAAGGGGCACAUCUCGCUCUUCUCAGAAGCCGAGGUGACCGCCCGUCCGCGCGAAAGAAACGAGGAAGCCGCGCGCAAGGAGCGCGAGCUCGAGGGCCAGUAUCAGAUGCGCUUCGUCAACGCGGCCGGCAAGGAGGGCCUGGGCCUGACGGACGGCGGGCCGUGGUAUGCCUCGGUUGACGGGGAGGCGUCGGGCGCGCUGGUGCCGAGUAAGAAUGUCUGGGGCGGGGAGGAUCCCAAGCGGAAGGUCAGGGAGGCGGCGAGACUGGAUGCGAGCGAUCCGCUGGCGAUGAUGAAAAGGGGCGCCAAGAUGGUGAGGGAGCUGGAGAAGGAGCGGAGGAAAGAAGUGAAAGAGAGGGAGAGGGAGUUGAUGGAGCUUGAAAAGGAAGAGAGGAGGGAACGAAGGAGGCGGGAGAGACGGCGGAGGAGAGAGGAGAAGGAUCGUGCGGGUAGGGGACGAAGGACGGAUGAAUCAGAGCGCGAUGAUGGAUUAGAUAAACGGGCCCGCUAUCAGGACGAUUCGGUCCAUCGCGGUAGAAAGCGGGAUCAAAGCAAAGACCGCCAGAGGCAUAGCCGGGAUAGAAGGGAUACGAGAGGCGAUAGCCCAGACAGGCGGGAGCGUUACCAUCGGCACCAUGAGGAACGACUGCGGGAAAAAGGUCAGAAGCGAGACAGACAACGGGAACACAGACAUGAGAGCCGACAUCUUAGCGUUGAUGAGAGGAACCGCCGCCCUUAUCAUUCGGACCAUGAGAAAGAUAGAAACGAACCAGAUAGCAAGCAGCGCUGA